GGAAGAACUGAGAAAGGGAAAUCAAAGGACCCAAUACGGAACACUAUACUCUGCUAAAUCUCUCUGGAACUGCCAAGUUCUAUCUUACAAGGAAAAGGAUGGAGCGUUUCUGAGAUUUGGAAUGAUCUGAGAAGAGCCGAUCUUCGACCAGACUUGGAAGGACGACCCGAGCUCGGAGUGAUGUCGUAUUGAAGAAAAUGUGUCGUAUGCAUCUUUUGAGAAACGGAGGAUAAGUCAACAGACCAGUUAUACAGGAAGACCAGUGAAGAUCGAGUUCGAGAAGGAAACGGAGUAUUCAAAUUUCAGAAUCUUAUAAUAGUGGACAUGGAGCAAUUUUCGACUCAUUAGGGGGGAAACUAUGGGUCUCGAGGACAAUAGGGUUUUUUGGCUCUUCCACCUUGGGCUAUCCGUCGUUCUCCCACUCUCCUGGUCGUCCCCCGCCACCACCAUCGAUGGUUACACAUCCGCCACUGAAGACGGCCAUCUUCUCAUUCCCGUCACCAGAAAACCACCACUCCGUUCAAAAGCAGAUCGUCAUGGCCCCGAGGAAGCAGCUGGCGACCAAGGCGGCACGCAAGUCAGCCCCGGCGACCGGAGGAUUGAAGAAGCCUCACCGAUUCAGGCCGGGAACCGUGGCGCUGAGGGCUUAAACAGAGCGUAGUUGUUUCGAAUAGGUUGUUCAAUGUCGGGUUGUUUAGGGUCUAUUUCUGCUUGUGAUUUUCGGUUUUAAUUUCCUAGAAUUCAAAAUUCCAGUGAUUAGAUUUAUGGGUUUCUGAAGGAAUGGAAGUUUGUAAAUCUUAUGUUAUAAUCCAAGGUUGCUACUGAUGUCUUGCCUAUUCCACACUGUGAAGGAGAUUCUCUCUCAAGUUUGCCCUUAUUAAAGCAUCGAUUUUGAGGUAAAGGCGUAAACUUUUUAACAAAUUCUCACUGCCCAGAUGUCAAAAAACAACCUUGGAACCAAUGAGAGGAAGCAAAAUGGGGUUAUGGUCUUAUGGGUUCGUAAGAACUGAGAAGGGGGAAAUCUUGUUUGUAUGCUCUGUUCUUUAAGCAACUAAUCUGGGAAUUGACAGAGGGGAAAAUAGAAAGAAAGUAUCGGCAGAACGCAGAAUGCCCGUGUUAGGAUGACCAGUAAUACAGGAAGAUGAGUGAA